GCCCCCUAACGUACACACCGAAGAUAAAAGGAUCUUGUACCUUAUAAAUUCCUAUUAAAAUCGCACACCUAUAAUCUUGACUACGACAAGAUGGUCUAUCAUUUUCGCACAUGACACAUGUAUACUAAUGAGUUCACAUUAAGUCGAGAUAAUUUUGGGGUGCCAAAAACAAUGGAUGAAACUAUUCAAAUUACCUCCGAGGGAUCCAAAAUAAGGUAACUUUUUUCCCCUGGAAGAGCCCAGAGUAAAAAAAUACAAGAAAAACUACGAGUCAACCACUGAAACGUUGGUUGCCACCACCAUUCCACUAAGUCCGUUCCCAUGCCCAUUUCUCCCUGCAUAUUAUACAUACAAUCAACUACCCGCUGAUCUGAUGAAGUCGCCAUUCAAACAUCAAGAAGCAGCCUUGUUAUCUCAACUAAAAAAAUACAGAUUCAUUCUUGCUUGAUUUCAUGAUUGAUAGCUACAUAUCUUAGUUUCACACCAGGAAACCAAAAAAAAAAAAAGAUCCUUGACAUCCUUAUUAUAUAUAGCCUCUGCCUAAAACCAUCAUGCUCCUUCAGUUUCCUGGACAUGAAGCUGCAAUGGCAGCAUGUCUGGUCGUAGUCAACUAGCCAGCCACCAAAGAGAGAGCUAUCAUCCAUGGCCGCCGUGGCGGCGGCCGAGAAGGCGGUGAGGUGCCUCGGCCGCGGCUUCGACAUGGCCGGCGACCUGAGGCUCAAGUACUGCAAGGGCGGCGGCGCCGGCUGCCUGGUCGAGAGGCGCGGCGAGACGACGCCGCUCACCGUGCCGGGAGUCGGGGUGAUCGCCGACGUGCCGGCCGACGUGAGGUGCGACAAGGGCGACCGCGUCCGGUUCAAGUCCGACGUGCUCGAGUUCAACAAGAUGUCGGAGCUGUUCAACCAGAGGAGUUCGGUGGAAGGGAAGAUCCCGUCGGGGCAGUUCAACGCGUCAUUCGACCUGGACAGCGGGUCGUGGGCCCACGACGCGCCGCACACCAGGUGCCUCGCUAUGGACGGGUACUUCAUCUCCCUCUUUGACCUCCGUCUCGACCACCGCCACCUCGCCCUCGAUGCAGGUGUCCUCGCCGACGUGCCACCCGCCUGGGACCCCUCUGCCAUCGCAAGGUUAGUGGCUAGCUUAUUCAUCGAGAAGUAUGGGACGCAUGUGAUCGUGGGGCUGAGCAUGGGCGGCCAGGACGUCGUCUACGUGAAGCAGGAUAAGUCGUCUUCUCUGUCGCCGUCGGAGAUCAAGGAGCAUCUUGACAGGCUCGGCGAUCAGCUCUUCACCGGGACAUGCGCCAUGCCACCUCUGCACUGCAGGUCCAAGGACAAGUUCAAGAUACCGGAGGCCUUCAACGUGUUCGAUGCACAAGUAGCUCAGCAGAGGCUUCACGGGAUCACCACUCUUGUAUCAAGCAAGGAGGGUGUGACGGUGAUAUACUCCAAGAGGGGAGGGAACACGACGGUGAGCAGCCACUCGGAGUGGCUCCUGACCGUGCCGGCGAUGCCCGACGUGAUCAACGUCAAGCUCGUCCCCAUCACCUCCCUCAUCAGGGGCGUGCCUGGCACUGGCUUCCUCUCUCACGCCAUCAACCUCUACCUCAGAUAUAAGCCUCCUGUCGCUGACCUGAGGUACUUCCUGGAUUUCCAGCAUCACUGCGUGUGGGCCCCGGUGCUCGGCGAGCUGCCUCUGGGCCCUUGCUCACACCGGCAAGGCUCCAGCCCGGCGCUGCAUUUCAGCCUGCUGGGCUCCAAGCUCUAUGUCAGCUCAACUGAGGUGGUUGUUCCGAAGCUGCCGGUUACUGGCAUGAGGCUGCAUCUAGAGGGCAAGAAAAACAACCGGCUGGGCAUCCACCUGCAGCACCUGUCGACGACGCCGACGUUCGUCGCCGCCGCCAGGGCCGACAAGCCGCCGGUGUGGCGUGGCACGGAGGCGGUCACCGACGACCGGUACUACGAGCCGGUGCAGUGGCGGAUGCUGGCGCGCGUCUGCACCGCGCCGGUGAAGUACGACCCGCGGUGGUGCGCCGGCGACCGCCGCCGCCGCCCCGCCGCCUGCGUCGUCGCCGGCGCGCAGCUCCACGUCGUGGCGCACGACGCCGCCAACAACGUGCUCCACCUCAGGCUGCUCUACUCCCAGCUCCCCGGCUACGCCGUCGUGCAGUCCAAGUGGGCGCGCGGCGCGGCGCGGCCGCCGUCGGGGAGGUCGUCGAGUUUCCUGUCCAUACCCUUCUCGGGGUCGCCGUCGACAUCCAGUGGCGCCGCCGAGAAGGGAGGCCGGCCGGAGCAGGGCGCCUCGCCGGUGGGCGUCGCCAACGUCAACUCCGGCGUGUUCGCCGGCGGGCCGCCGGUGCCCGUCGGCGCGCAGAAGCUGCUCAAGUUCGUGGACACGUCGCAGGUGACCAUGGGACCGCAGGAUAGCCCCGGUUACUGGCUCGUCACCGGCGCAAGGCUGGACGUCGACAAGGGGAAGAUCAUGCUGCAUGUCAAGUUCUCACUGCUAGCCCAAGUUUCUUGACGACGAGUCGACGAGGGUGUCAAGAUGUUCAUGACCAUCCCGUGAUCCAGAGUUUGUACAGUUUUCAGCUGCCAAAUGCAGAUAUGCUAACAACUGAAAAAACAGAAUAUUCCAAAAAAAUUUGAUUUUUGAUUUUUUUUUUUUGGUUUGGACCCUGAAGAUGUUGCAACGAUCUGUAAAUGAAAAAAGAUAGUAGGAACCA